AUGGAUAAUGUAAAAAACAAGACCACAAGAGCACCGAAUUUUUCAACCCGUGAAAAACAUGUGCUUUUUGAUAUAAUAUCCAAAUAUAAGGAUAUUAUCGAAAACAAAAAAACAGACGCCUCAUCAACAAGUGAUAAACUGAAGGCAUGGGCAAGAAAUUCCUUAGAGUUUAAUUCAGUUAGCCCAAACUUUGUUUCUAGACCCAUAUUAUCUUUAAAAAAAUUUUAUGAAAACAAAAAAAAGGAAGUAAGGAAACAAGUUGCAGAAGAGAGGAAGGAAGUCCUUCUUACUGGUGGAGGUUCUUUGCCACAAAUAUCUAAAGAUUCAGACCAGGAAAAAUUGUUAGGCAUAAUGAAUCCUGAUACAGUUUUUGGAAUAAACACUCCAUUUGGUAGUGAUGCCUAUCUGAUACCAAAUACUGUGGACAAUGAAGAAAAUGAUACUCCCAAGGUGCAAGACCAUGAAGAUAUUGUGAUCAAAACCCAUGAGGAUCCAAAUAAUGAAAUUAGUGAAUCUAUUCCUUGGAAGAAAUAUAAAGCCUCAGAUCUUGCUACACCCAUUACGAGCUGUUUAAAAACCCCUAACAAACAGAACACAUCAAGAAGACGUCCAGCAACGGUAGUGAGAGCUCUUACAUCAUCUACACUUGCUGAAAAAUACGAACGCCUGGUUGAUAUGAGCCUGUCCAUUGCUCAAAUGGAAUUAACAAAAAUGAAAAAUUAUGAGACUUUUAAUAGCCUCAAAUUAGAAAAUUUAAAAUUAGAUAUCGAGAUUAGAAAAAGAAAAACUGAAAUCACUCCAAAAAUCUAA